AUGCAACGGGUGCAUGUCCCGCAAAGCACGCCCACAACCACUGCGACUGUUCCCCAGUCCGCAGACACAGCUGUCACCGCGCUGCUGCAAGAUCUUGGGGAAAAAAGGGUCACCACUUCCCUCUUGACUAGCCUGCCCCUCCUCUACCACCCCUAG